AUGAAUUCGGUAGCAGCUGACGUCAUUGCAUCGUAUUCGUCCUCAAUCAGGUUCCCCAAGUACGUCUACGCUGAUAACCGAUCUGUUCUGAAUGCAUUGGUGCCAGGAAACGAGUUCAAGUUUGUGACUCCUUCAAUAGUGAAAAACAGCAAUAGGCGAUUUAACGUAGGCGAAGUUGUGAACAACCUGGUGAAGCAGAAGAGCAUGCUCUGCAGCUACGAGGUGUCGAGCAUCUACGGCUUCCUGGGCAUCUUCAACGUGCUGGACAGCUCCCUUGAGCCAGGCUCGAUCCUGCGGGCACAGAGACUCUCCCAGCAGAAAAUCAACUUCCUUGGCCUGCCGUACUACACAACCGCAGUCACGAACAGAAGAGAGGUGAACGUGGCCUACAACAACAGCACGGCCAUCAGAAGCGUGCUAAACAAGAUCACGGGGCAGUUUGACGUCCUGAAAAAGAGAAGUGCCUUUCUUGAGAAUUAUAGGCGAUUUGAGAUGGACCUGGAGGAGAUGGCUGUGGCCAGGGAGUCCAUGCAGGGCGUAAUCGAGGCCUACGAGAAGGCAGAGACCCUCAAGUAA